AGACCACGCCCCUUUCGCUAGGCUACGCCUCCUCGGCGCGCGCGACGAGCGGGAGCCAGGGGCGGUGAGGUGGGGGAGGACAAGGGGCAGACCGGGACCCCCGGAUAAGAGGAGAAGCCUGCGGGGAGAUCGGGGCGGAGCGCGGGAUAAACCACCCCAUGCGGAGACGGGGUGGCCCCGGUGCCCCGAGGCGAUGGCCGAGGACCGAGAUGUUCGAUUCGUCACCGAGGAGAGCUUCGACUUCGGCGUGCUGUCCCCAUCUGACAGCCAGGAGGAAGAGGAGGCUGAGGAUAGCCCGGGCGGGGGGUGCCGGCACGGGGGCGGCAACGGGCGCUGGAGUCCGCUGCGCGGGGCCCGUCUGGAAGAGAUGGUGCGGGAGGCCACGCGCCUGGCAGCACAGUUGGAGGGGUGUCACCUGCCCCUUCCCGACCCCGGAGACCCCCCGGGACCCGCCGUCACGCCCCCCGGCACCCCCCGCAGCCCCCGCCGCCAGACCUUCGUGGUGAAGGACAGCCCGGUGCGGGCGCUCCUGCCCAUCGUGGAGUCGCGGGGACCUGCCCCCAUCCCCCAUGUCCCCGCCAAGCCACAGGGGUCCUCUGCUGCCACCAGUGUCCCCAGGGCACCCCCCAGCCGUAAUUCCGCAGCAGCAGUGAAGGGACUUUCCGGAAGCAGGGGGCUCCCCCCCAGCCGCGUGGGCCUUCCCCGGCCAGGCCCUCCCCCGGGGCAGGGAGCUGGUGCCCGGGGCAGGUCAGAGCCUCCCCGGGGGGGUACAGCAGGCCAGCCUAAGGCAAGGGGGGGAACAGUCCCCUGCAUCCCCCACACCCGCCAGCCCCAUGCCAGGACCACCACCACCCCCCCUGUCCCCUCCAGCUGUUCCCCGGCACCCACUGCCCUGCCCAAGGUGUCCCCUCGGACUCCAGCAGUGGGUGGGAGGACCCCCAUCCCCAGAGGUGCGGGGGCAGCACGGGCAGCCUCCCUAACUGCUGCCUCAGGGUGCAAACCAGGAUCCCUCCCUGCCCGCCUGCGGCCCCCCCGCAAGACGGCAGUGAGCAGCACCCCAAGGUGACACCACCAAACCACCCCACAUCCAUCCAGAUCCCCCGUAGGGUACCUAGGCUGGGGGGGAGGGGCAAAGCCAAGGACACCCCAGACAUGAGCUGAGGUAUCCACUGGGUUUUGGAAGGAGGCAGGCAGCGCCAGGGGCUCCCAGGGAGCACCAAGGCACCCACUGGGUUGUCAAGUUGUGGGGCAGAGCUGGAACCCCCAGGGAGCAGCCGAGGUUGGGGUGGCAGAGCCAGAGGCCUCCCCAGGGAUGAACCAAGGCACUCAUUGGUUUUGCUUUAAUUACAAAAGGUCCCAUCAGCAAUAGGAAAUGCCCCACAUCCCCCAGCACCCAGGGGUCCCUCACUCCCCCAGCACCCAUCCCUGGGUUCCCCCACCUGAGCCUCACCCCUGGGCGGGGGGUCCCAGACAUCCCUGUAACCCCCAACUGAUUCCCCCUCCACAUGCCCCCUACCUGGGGGAGUUUGCACAUGGGAUGGGUGGCACCUUUGGUGGGGGGGGCUGUCACAAUGGGGGGAAGUUGGUUAUAAAUUCCGUUUUUUGUAUUUUCAUGUAUUUUUAAAAUAAAGCACUGCUGGGCAAAGGGGCUGGGGCUGAUCAUGGGGCGGGGGCGGGCAUCAGGAGCACCCUGUGCCACCCCCGCAAGGUGCCAAUCCCUACAAGGAUACAAAGUGCACUAGGGGGGUUGUGGCUCUCUGCUCCCUCCUGAUGUCCUCCCAGUCCUUGCACCCCCCCCCAAUCCUGGUGUGUGUCCCCA